CAUUUAGAGAUGCCGUUCCAAGAUCUUAUGUCGCGUUUGAAAAGCAUACGAAAGCCUCAAGACCAGAAAAGCGAGCCCUGCGAGGAUGAAAGUCCGGAUUAUCUAAACCCGUCGCAACAAACGAAGACCUUGCAACAAUAUACCUCGGACCAACCUAGUGUCAGUCAACCGAAGCCAGUAAAAGGACUACGGAAAGCCUCGGUUUCAGCUAGACUCCCGACGAACCGGGAGAAGUCAAAAUGGACCAUAGACCAAGACCAAGACCAAGAAGACCAAGAUGGGGAACAAAAUCCCGAUCCCGAGCCCUCAGACUAUUUGUACUUUGGCGAGGGUAUAUCUGCGACGAGCAUCUCGCAAUCACUUGAAAAUAAAAUGCAAAAUAAGCCAGCCAAUAGCAUAUCUGGACAACCGUCAAUCGGAAUCAGGAAUAAUCCCAUUCCUAGCAAUGGCGGAAAAGACAAUAGUGGAUUUAUCGAGACUGGGCUGAACAUACAUACAGCGCAGAUGGGAUAUUCGAAUUUAACAUACGGGGGUUCUUUGCAAUUCGACUAUGCUGGUACUCAUAGUUAAGUCUUUGGGGGAUAGCCAGUGCAUUAAUGUAGUCUGUUUCCAAAUGGAAUGUCAACAUUGUUGGCAUCUAUGAUUCUGUGCACUGGGUAUUUAGAUAGGCACAACAUACCAAG